AUGAACUGGUCACCUAUGAAAAAUCUGCCAGCAUCGACCGGUCGACCACGCGUCCAACAAGACGUCUUGAGGUAUUUAUUCAAGUUUCCUUUUUUUGGCAAAAAUUCAAUUUUUUUAUCAUCAAGAUACGAACUUCUCGCUUGGCCUAGAAUUGCUCAACAAGCCGGCAUGCUCACUCCCGGAAAGACGUCAAGAAGUUUCCGGGUAUUAACUGUAAUUACUUCUUAAAAAGGACUUUUCAACCAUUUUCAGGCCACGUAUAGUUGUCUUUUUGCCUUUUUUUUCUGUAAUUCAUUUUUCAAAAGUAAGUUCCUCACUCUUACUUGCGAAAUUGAACUUUUUGCUCAUAAGCUCUCGAAGUUUUAUUUUUUAGAUUCUGUUUGUUUUUGGUUUGAAAAGUGAUAUAACUUGGUCCGUAUCGCCAAUUUCAAGAAGAAAGACGUCUUUUGGAAUUCAGCGGAAAAUGCUGAGUAAGAAGUUGUUUUACGAAAAAAAGACGAAAAUUGAGUAUUUUUUACUUUUUCUGAAAAGAGUCGUUCAACCAGUUUGACUAGGGGUAAGAAGUUGACCUGAUUCUUUAUUUUUGGGGAUUCUAAGCCAAAUACAUGAUUUUUACACCUAUUUAUGCUCUAGGGAGGCUCAAAUUUCUUUAAAAAAACAAAAAAAUAAAAAGUUUAAUUUUUCUAAAAAAGGUGGCCAGGUUAGUCUUGAAGACGCACUAUUGGUGCAAAAAAAUAUUAAACUUUUUUUAAAUUAUUUUUUUCAGAGAGGAAUUCGCAAAUCUGAUUAAACGUUUCAGGAACUCAGCUUGUAUGCGAAUGACACGAGCCUGUCUUCUCAAUCAAAAUGUUCCUCUGGACAAAGUCAUUGGAAAAUCAACGAUUCCAGGUGAAUGGAGAUUAUAAGUAUUGGAGUUGAUAUUAUUUCCAGUGAACGACUUGCAACGAAAAUAAAAACCAUUCAGGUACUACGUCAUGGAUUCUGAUCAUAACGUUGGUCCGAGUUUUGUGAGCAACAUUCACUUUUUUUUCUCUUUCGUCUCUUUUUUCAAGUUGUUUCCACAGAAAAAUAAAAAAGAAAUAAACUCCACUGUUCAUUUUUAUUCAUUUCGACAUGUUUACUUUGUAAUAAAUAUUUAUUGGAUCCCAAAUUUUCUCAUUUUUAAAUAUCAUUUCAACGAUGAAUAAACUAUCAUCAAAAUCAAAUCAGCUCCUCUAGGUUUCACAAGUUUGCCGCUUCUUGAAAACUUUCUGGAUAAGACUUUUCACAGAACAAAAGGUACGCAAAGUCUCUUUUUCAAGGAUAGAGUGAAAGGUUGCAUUCGGCAGCGUCCGUCGUCAGAUUGGCGAGCUUAUGGCGGCUCGUCACGCUGGGUUGACCUCUUCUUAG